AUGUGCGGUGAAUGUGAUCAAACCUUCACUCGUCCGCACAAUCUCAAGUCGCACCUGGCGACCCAUUCUCAAGAACGGCCAUUCCAGUGCGAGAUCUGCAACCAUCAUUUCCGCCGGCAGCACGAUUUGAAGCGACACAAAAAGUUGCACACUGGAGAACGACCCUACGUAUGUAAAUCGUGUUCUCGGUCCUUUGCUCGUUUAGAUGCCCUGAACAGACAC